GUGGUUUGAUACCCUGUAGAGCAAUUCCAUGCCUCCUCCCCCUCUCUCUCCCCCUCCUUUAAAAAAUAACGAGAGGUGUGCGAGUGUGUAUUUUUGUGUCAUUCUAUCCAGACCGAACAGACACAGCCUACUAUAAACUUAAAAGUGGACAGUGUAAACGGAAAGGUUAUAACAGUGCUACUCAAGCGCCUUCGCUGGUUCGGAUUUAAAACCCGAGGGAGGCGUCCUCUCAGUUUGGGUUCAAGUUAUUUUUUCCAUGGUAUUGGAUUGUAUUUUACCAUCCAUUGUAAGUGAAAUUUGUCCAGCACUUUUUCCACUUGGACUUGUCAACUGGGUAGAGAAAGCCUUGCCCAUUGGAGACAGGGAGAACGAGACACUUUAAAAGCAAAGACUGAGUCAAGUGUCUCGUCCUGUCAAAGCCAUGCCGGCUGGGUUUCAGCAACUCGGAGCGGAGAGAGUGACUGGAACCCUUGCCCUUUCUGUGUUCACUGCGGUUUUGGGGUCCCUUGAAUUUGGGUACAAUAUUGGUGUCAUCAAUGCACCCCAAAAGAUUAUUGAAAAGGACUACAAUGCUACAUGGAUCCACCGUUACAAGGAACCCAUACCCACUACUACCCUCACUUCCCUAUGGUCCCUAUCAGUGGCCAUCUUCUCCGUCGGGGGCAUGAUGUCUUCAUUUUGCGUGGGGUUCGUCUCUGAGUGGCUUGGCAGGAGGAAAGCCAUGCUCAUUAAUAACCUGCUGGCAUUCAUUGGUGGAGCCAUGAUGGGCAUGGCUAAGCUCUGCCUCUCAUUUGAGAUGAUGAUUUUAGGCCGUUUCAUCAUUGGUGCAUAUUGUGGGUUGGCGUCAGGGCUGGUACCCAUGUAUGUGGGUGAAAUUGCACCCACCAGUCUGCGAGGGGCACUGGGGACUCUGCAUCAGCUGGCCAUUGUUACUGGGAUAUUAUUUGCCCAGAUCCUGGGGCUGGAGUCCUUACUGGGCAGUGAAACACUGUGGCCAGUGCUCAUGGGAGUGACAGUACUACCGACUGUCCUGCAGAUGGCGCUCCUGCCCUUCUGCCCAGAGAGCCCACGCUAUCUCUAUAUCAUCCGCAGCCAGGAACACCAUGCCAAGAGUGGCCUCCGGCGGCUGACAGGGAUGCAGGAUGUGGGCAACGCCCUUGCAGAAAUGAAAGAGGAAAAGAGGAGGAUGGACAUGGAGAGGAAAGUGUCCAUCGCAGAGAUCUUUCGCUCACCGCUCUACCGACAGCCAAUCAUCAUUGCCAUCCUUCUCCAGCUCUCACAACAGCUGACCGGGAUCAAUGCUAUAUUCUACUACUCCACCAGCAUCUUCCAGAAGGCAGGGGUGCAGAGCCCAGUCUAUGCCACCAUCGGCGCUGGAACGGUCAACUGUGCCUUCACAGUGGUCUCGCUUUUUCUGGUGGAGAAGAUGGGUCGUCGAACACUUCACAUGCUGGGAUUGGGUGGCAUGUGUUUGUGUGCCAUCAUCAUGACCGUGGCUCUUGCUCUCUUGGAAAGCGUGCCGUCAAUGAAAUAUAUCAGCAUGCUGGCCAUCUUCGGCUUUGUGGCGUUCUUUGAAGUGGGCCCAGGGCCCAUCCCCUGGUUCUUUGUGGCCGAGCUUUUCUCCCAGGGUCCACGGCCAGCCGCUAUGGCUGUUGCUGGCUGUUCCAACUGGACCGCCAACUUCAUUAUCGGCAUGAGCUUCCAGUACAUCGCUGAUCUUUGUGGCCCAUAUGUCUUCCUCAUCUUUGCAGUUCUCCUCCUCUUCUUCCUUCUUUUCACAUUCUUCCGAGUGCCUGAGACACGGGGAAAGACCUUUGACCAGAUCUCUGCAGGCUUCCAACGUCGCCCAGUCAGCAUGAUGGACCUGGACAUGGGCAUGGACAUGGACAUGGACAUGGACCUGGACAAGGCCAGCACAGAGCUGGAGUACUUGGGGGAGGGAAGUCUGAACUGA